AAAACAGUCAAUAUGAUAGUUCAUAGGUCGCAGCCUUCUGGGCUUCUGCUUUCCCUUUGAAAUUUGCAGUGGUUUUGCAUCUACAGCAGAUUCCGGCACGUGUGUCCUAUCCCAGGAAUGAUUCUUGCUGAAAACCCCCAUGUAAGCUCUGAACACAGCUUAGCAUCAGAAACACUUCAAAUGAGUCGUUUAACAAAUGGGGAGGCCGAGAUAGGUCUUCACAAACCGAACAAUCAAGUUCAAUGUCAAGGCUCUAAUGGGCGAUAUGGAAACUUGGGGUUUGAUGGAACGAAUGGUAGACCUUGCCGUGAUGAAAAUUUUGGGAAAGAAGAUAUAGGAGCAUCCAGCAGAGACGCAUCAACUGAUGUUUUAAGUAAAAAGGCAACACAGCAAAAAGAAAUGACAUUAGAAGAUAUGUACAACCAAGACCUCAAUGACGACGAUGAUGAUAGUGAUUGGGAGCCCUUCCCACAACAUGUAGAAAUUGUGAAGUGGUUCUGCACUAACUGUACAAUGGUCAACCUUGAUGAUGUUGCCCAUUGUGAUAUAUGCGGGGAACAUAGAGAAUCUGGUAUCUUGAGGCAUGGGUUUUUUGCAUCAUCCUUGUUACAAGAUUCAGGCCUUACUGAGAUUGGGGCCGACACAAGGGAAAGACACAGAGGCUCUCAAGAUUCAGCAUCAAAUAGUUCCACUGCUGUAGGUUUUGACGAGAGAAUGUUGCUACAUUCAGAAGUUCAAAUGAAGUCACAUCCACACCCAGAAAGACCAGAUCGUAUUCGAGUGAUUGCUGCUAGCCUUGCUACAGCUGGUAUAUUUCCAGGAAGAUGCUAUCCAAUUUCUGCUAGAGAGAUUACUCGUGAAGAACUUCAGAUGGUUCAUUCUUUGGAGCAUAUUGAAGCAGUUGACCAUACAAGCCAUAUGUUUUCUAGUUAUUUCACUCCUGACACAUAUGCCAAUGAACAUUCAGCACAUGCUGCUAGGCUUGCGGCAGGUUUGUGUGCUGAUCUUACUAAAGAAAUUGUUUCUGGACGUGCCAAAAAUGGUUUUGCCCUGGUCCGUCCUCCUGGUCAUCAUGCUGGUGUGAGACAGGCUAUGGGGUUUUGCCUCCACAAUAAUGCAGCAGUUGCUGCAUUAGCAGCUCAAGCUUCUGGGGCUAAGAAAGUGCUAAUUGUUGAUUGGGAUGUUCAUCAUGGGAAUGGCACACAAGAAAUAUUUGACCAGAACAAAUCGGUCUUGUACAUGUCCUUACAUAGACAUGAAGGGGGGAAGUUCUAUCCUGGUACUGGAGCUGCUGAUGAGGUUGGUACCAUGGGGGCUGAAGGAUACUGUGUGAAUGUUCCAUGGAGUCGUGGUGGAGUUGGAGACAAUGAUUAUAUUUUUGCAUUUCAGCAUGUUGUGCUUCCUAUAGCUUCUGAAUUUGCUCCAGAUUUCACCAUUAUAUCAGCAGGAUUUGAUGCAGCAAGAGGUGAUCCACUAGGAUGCUGUGAUGUUACUCCUGCAGGCUAUGCAAAGAUGACACACAUGCUGACUGACUUGUCUGGAGGAAAGUUGCUUGUUAUUCUCGAGGGCGGUUACAAUCUUCGUUCAAUAUCCUCUUCCGCUACUGCAGUAAUUAAGGUAUUGCUGGGUGAAAGUCCAGGAUGCGAAUUGGACAACACUUUACCUUCCAGAUCCGGCCUGCAAACUGUUCUGGAGGUCCUUCAAAUUCAAAAUAAAUACUGGCCUGCUUUGGGAUCCAGCCUAACAAAAUUUCAGUCACAAUGUAGCAUGUACACUAUUCAAAACAAAAAAAAACAAAUUAAAAAGAGACGGCGGGCUGUGGCACCAAUAUGGUGGAAAGGGGGAAGGAAAACUCUAUUGUAUCAUCUUUUAAAUGGGCAUUUCCAUCUGAAACGAAGGUGUCUGUGAUUGUACACAGCUAGCUUCGGGAUCGAGACGGUGUAGUUUUGGUCCAUUUUUUUGCACAAGUAGCUUCGGGAUGAUGUCAUUUUUCUUUAUCCAUGAUGUUUUAAUAAUAUAUUAUGAGAAUUUAUAAAUUUAAUUUCAGAACA